AUGCAAGAAUAUAGCCUCGAUGAAAGUGAAAACAGCGAUUACAGCGAUGAAUACGACGAUCCACCUACUAUGGUCACCGUUCCAAUACCAUCGACAAAAGCACCUCAAGAAAACGUUUUGGAUCAUACGGAUGAUGUUCAAUCUCGUCAUGAACUGAAGCCAUAUAAAAGCAUUAUUUCAGCAAUGAAGUAUCGUUACUGGUCAGUAUUGGUAAUGGUCAGUACUGGUACUGGUCAAUAUCGAUACUGGUCAUCUCAAGUAUUUUCCAGUACUGGUACUGGUCAAUAUCGAUACUGGUCAUCUCAAGUAUUGUCCAGUACUGGUACUGAUCAAUAA